ACAAUGUCGCGACUCGCGAGGUUGUCGCGACUCGCGAGGAAGUCGCGACUCGCGAGUCCAACAGAGCCAAAAGACGAGUUCCGCGAGACGAGUCGCGACUCGCGAGUCAAUAUCGCGACUCGCGAAAUAUGUCGCGACUCGCGAGUCAGGUCGCGAGUUUCCCCAGAAUUUAUAUAUUUUUCGAAGACGCGCGACUCGCGAGAUGUCGCGACUCGCGACUCAGCAAAAGUGUAAGUCGCGACUCGCGACUUAUGUCGCGACUCGCGACUUGCUCGGCGCGAAUUUCGAGCGCAUUGAGACUCAGUUGGGCCAACUGGCCGCUCGGGUGGGUACAAUUGAGACUGAGAGGAGCAAAGACAAGCUACCUAGUCAGCCUGAGCAAGCAAAAGCUAUAACAGUUCUCAGAAGCGGGAAGGAGGUGGACAACAAGGUUCAGAUGCCCGAGCCUGAGGAUAAGGAGACCCUUUCUGAAAAGAUCGAAGAAGCAGAGUCCGGGAAGGUGACAGACGAGCCGGUGUUACAUAAAUCGCCGAAUCCGUACAAGCCGCGCAUUCCCUUUCCGGACCGACUUAGGAACGAGAAGCAAGAGAAGCAGUUCCGAGAUCUUUUUAACAUGCUCUCCAAGGUGAACGUUAACUUACCUCUGCUCGAUGUGAUUAAGAAUAUGCCAUCAUAUGGUAAGUUCUUUAAGGACUUGGUGACCAAAAAGAGGAAGUUCGAAGAUGGAGAGAAGGUAGUCGUGUAUGAGGCGGCAAGUGCUAUGCAGCACGACUUGCCCAAGAAAGAGCGAGAUCCCGGUGGUUUCAUCAUUCAAAUAGCUCUGGGGAAUGGGAUGGUAGCUUCGGGGAUGCUCGACCUCGGAGCCGGAAUUAAUCUCAUGCCCUUCUCGAUUUUUCAGAGGCUUGGCCUUGGGGAUUUGAGGCCGACUCGCAUGUGCCUCCAGUUAGCAGACCGUUCUAUCAGGUACCCGAAGGGGAUAGUCGAGGAUGUUCUCGUGAAGGUUGUUAAGCUUAUCAUUCCAGUGGAUUUUGUCGUUCUAGACGUUGGGGAUGUGCACGAGAAUGAGAAGGAUCAUACCAUCCUUCUCGGGAGACCUUUCAUGGCGACGACCAACACUCUCAUCGAUGUGAAGAACGGGACCCUGAACAUGACGGUUUUAGGGGAAUCAGUGUCUAUUUCUGUCCGAGAAGCCAUGUCUUCAUCUUCCGUCAACUUCAUAGAAGAAUGCGCUUUUAUUGAUCUUGCUGAUCCCUUUGUUGAUGAGAUGGUAUUUCAGGAGUUCGAGGACAAGUCGUUGCCG